CCAUGCCGAGGCUGUGUGAGACUUGCGGCGAGCGCCGAGCCUCCCUUUGCCGGCCCAAGACGCGCCGCUUGUUUAGUUAAGGUGGUCAGCUGUGCCAUGCCGAGGCUGUGUGAGACUUGCGGCGAGCGCCGAGCCUCCCUUUGCCGCCCCAAGACGCGUCGCUGCGUCUGCCGCCGCUGCUUCUCGGCCCUGCUGGAGGAGGAAGUUCACAGCCACGUCACCGCCUCUCGCCUCUUCAGGCCCGGCAUCACCGUCGCGCUGGGAGCCUCGGGGGGGAAAGACUCCACCGUGUUGGCCUACAUCUUGAAGUUGCUGAACGAUCGCCACGGUUACGGCCUCAAGCUGGUGCUGCUCUCUGUGGACGAGGGUAUCGCCGGUUACCGUGACGACUCCCUGGCAACGGUGAAGCGUAACCAGGCGGCGUACUCCCUGCCGCUGACUGUCGUGUCGUACGAGCAUCUCUACGGCUGGACCAUGGACCAAGUGGUGCAGCAGGUAGGUACCCGAGGUACCUGCACCUACUGUGGGGUGCUCCGUCGCCAGGCGCUGGAGCGAGGCGCCCGCAGCGUUGGGGCCGACCUCCUGGCCACCGGCCACAACGCCGACGACCUCGCCGAGACGGUGCUGAUGAACGUGUUGCGUGGGGACGGGGCCCGGCUGGCACGCUGUGUGGGGACACUCACCUCGUCACACGGAGAGGGAGCCAUCCCACGGUGUAAGCCCCUCAUGUACUGCUAUGAGAAGGAAAUUGUCCUGUACGCCUACUUCAACAAGCUGGACUACUUCAGCACUGAGUGUGUGUACUCGCCCGGGGCCUACCGAGGCCGUGCCCGCGCCCUGCUCAAGGACCUGGAGCGUGUCCGCCCCCGCGCCAUCAUUGACGUCGUCCACGCCGCCCAGCGUCUCCACAUCGUCACCGGCGGUGGCUCCGGCGGUGGCUCCGGCGUCACCGGCGGUGGCUCCCACUCCCACCACCACCACCACCACCGCCCCUACCACCACCCUGUGCUGGAGUGCUGCUCUCUCUGUGGCCUAGCUGCCAGCUCUGCCGUGUGCUCAGCCUGCAGGCUACUGGCAGGCCUCAGGCAGGGCCGGGCCCGGCUCGGAGUGGGCGGGGCGUCGGAGAGGGGGCGGGGU